AUGAUUCCCGCAAGAGCUGUUUUCAGUGGCCUCCAGCGCCGGGCUUUCUCUGCUACGGCCCGCGAUCUGUCCAAGGUCACCGUCCUCGGUGCUGCCGGUGGCAUCGGCCAGCCGCUGUCUCUGCUCCUCAAGCUCAACCCCAGAGUCACCGAGCUCGCUCUGUACGAUAUCCGCGGUGCUCCCGGUGUUGCUGCCGACAUCUCCCACAUCAACACCAAUAGCUCCGUCAAGGGCUACGAAGCCAAUGCCAGCGGCCUCGCCAGCUGCCUCAAGGGCAGUGAUGUCGUCCUAAUCCCCGCCGGUGUCCCCCGCAAGCCUGGCAUGAGCCGUGACGACCUCUUCAACACCAACGCCUCCAUCGUCCGUGACCUCGCCAAGGCCUGCGCCGAGUCCUGUCCCGACGCCAACGUGCUCAUCAUCUCCAACCCCGUCAACUCCACCGUCCCCAUCUGCGCCGAGGUUUUCAAGGCCCAUGGCGUCUACAAUCCCAAGCGCCUCUUUGGCGUCACCACCCUCGACGUCGUCCGCGCCAGCCGCUUCGUCAGCGAGAUCAAGGGCAGCGACCCCAAGGACGAGAAGAUCACUGUUGUCGGCGGCCACUCGGGUGUCACCAUUGUUCCCCUGUUCAGCCAGAGCAGCCACCCCGACCUGACCACCAACGCCGACCUCAUCAAGCGCGUCCAGUUUGGUGGCGACGAGGUCGUCAAGGCCAAGGACGGUGCUGGUUCCGCCACCCUGUCCAUGGCCAUGGCCGGUGCCCGCAUGGCCGAGUCCCUGAUCCGCGCCUCCCAGGGCGAGAAGGGUGUCAUUGAGCCGUCCUUUGUCGACAGCCCGCUCUACAAGGACCAAGGCGUCGAGUUCUUCGCUUCCAAGGUCGAGCUGGGCCCCAGCGGUAUCGAGAAGAUCCUGCCCGUCGGCGAGGUCGACGCCCACGAGGAGAAGCUUCUCGAGGCCUGCCUGGGCGACCUGAAGAAGAACAUCGAGAAGGGUGUUGCCUUUGUUGCCUCCAACCCUCCCAAAUAA